AUGGAAAUUAUCAGAAUUGUGUGGCUUGUAUUGUGCUGCCUGUCUGUGGUUUCUGGGAUGUACUUUGACCUUGGAGAGCAGGAGAAGUGCAUCAUCGAGGAAAUUCCACAGGACACCCUUGUUACAGGUUAUUUUUUGCUGGAGAACUGGGACAAUAGGGAAAAAGACAACUCCCCCCGCCUGGGCCUAACUGUGGCUGUGAGAGACCCAAACCAUCAGAUCUUGAUGUCUAAACGGUAUGGGAGCCAGGGAAAGUUCACCUUUACCUCACACUCAUCUGGCCAGCACUUCCUAUGCAUGCAGACCCACUCCACAAAGUUUUCUGCUGUUGCCGGAAACAGAAUGCGGCUACACCUAGAUGUUCAGAUGGGAGAGCACACCUUGGACCCAGGAACUAUCAAGGCUGAAAAUACAGUUAAAACCAUGGAGUACAGUCUACAGCAUCUUAUUGACAGAAUUCACUACAUCGGUAAACAGCAGGAUUUCCAGAGGGAGCGUGAAGAAGCCUUCCGCCAGAUGAGUGAAGAAACUAAUGGCAAUGUUUUGUGGUGGGCGGUGGUGCAAACUGCCAUUCUUAUUGCAGUUGGAAUAUGGCAGAUGAAGAAACUCAAAGACUUUUUCAUAGAAAAGAAACUUGUUUAA